AUGACUUUAUUAAUACUUAGUGUCAUAUUAGAAAAUCUUACAAGUCCAGAUGCAUUUGUAUGCGUAUGUAUUAUAGCAAUCAUUGGAGCUCUCACGCUGAACCUUUUGCAGUGUCACCGCACUAUUAUCAUGCUAAAAUCCAAUUGUCACCGGGAAAAGGAAUUUGCAAAACAAGCUGCUCAACAUACUAUUGAUAAACUAGAAUGUGCUAAAAGUACUGUAAAACAACGCCUUUACCAUCUCGAACAAAAGUGGAGGAGCACAUUCAAUACCAAAAGCAGUUUUUUUGAUACUACACCAAUGCCAGUACCAUAUCUGGAUGAGCUGGUUCGAAGAAUUUGUGAAAUCGACGUGCAUAUGGACCAACAUGUCGAGGGUAUAGUUGUGUCGACUCGCACACUGGCAUACGUGGUCGAGAAAUACACGUCAGAAUGGCUGUCAAUACACAAUGAUGUAGAAGAAAUAAAAGCAAUGGUAGCAGAAAAAGGAGAAUCUAAACUAUCUAUUGCUCAAGAAGAAAAGCUCGCCAAGAUUGUAAAAAAGUUGUAUCAUCCCCUUUUCAAAGAUAAGUUUGAGCAAUUCGUGAUAGAUAAUACACACUCGUCUAUUGAAAACUCAUGUAUCGAAGUGGAGGAAAAGAUUCGAUUUGUCGAAAACGCAUUCAUUUUCAAAGAGCGAUCCAAGAAAACUACAUCAAAAAAAUCAGCUUGGUGGCCACUUUCAUCUACAGUAUAUUGUACAGUAAAGCACACAAUUUUAAAUAUUGGCCAUGGUGUAUUGGAGUAUGGUUUCCAUAAUAUACCUAUGGCCAAACCUACGGCAGAAAUGCUAGGAAUAUCGGUAGGGUUGGACAGUCCAACUCCAGAUCAACAGCUUGCAAAUCAAAUGGAAAGUUAUCGUCUAGUGCUGACUGCUCACAAGGAGCGAUUGGAAGCUAUUUAUCAAACCAGAUCUCAGUUUAAAAUAAUGGUUGAUGCUGCAAUUGUUGCAACACGUGUCCAUUCGGAAGCAUUACUCAAAGCAAGUAAUCCAGAUUUGGCAAAAAAGGUAUGUGUACCUCCACGAAAACAUGAGGGUCCAUGGCAGCUACGAUACUCUGGUUCAUCAACAAGUUCAUUUCAGUUUUCGUAUGUUUCAGACAAUGCAACACCGUCAGUUUGUUAUGAUCCUGCUUUAGAUGGCAUAUUAGAGGUAAGCGACAAGCAUGCUAUGCCAUCACCAGCAAUUCAAUCAUCCGAGUCUAAAGUAGAUCGAGCUAUUCGGAUACAACAAAGUGGGUCACUAUUUUCAACCUCCAUGUCACUGGCGUUUAAAGUAAUGGGUCAGAUUCAAAACACGAUUGAUUGUCUUUUCUUCAAAUCCAUUAGCAGGCAUACAUUGUGGGCCAUGCCAAUCAUUACAGAUAUUAUCAAAUCCAUUACUGAUAUAGUUUCAUGCACAAUCUGGCCAACAUAUUGUCACAAAGACCUAACUGGUCCAAAACAAGAUCAAGAAUAUCAAUCUUUUUUAAACUCUGCUAUACCAACCAUAUCUUCAACUAGCUCUAUAGUUAACCGCAGUGAACUAUCGAUCUCCACCACCACUGCGACAUGA